GAGUUACACAGUAAUUCAAAAUACACUAGCAAGCUAGGCGAGUCUAGCUGACAAAACUCACAAAGCUGUUUUCAGGAGUCCACAAUAAACUCUCAUCUUUUAUUCUGAAGCUCUUGUUUUCCUUCAUCUUGAUGCGUGCCCUUUCUCUCGAUUAGUUUAAUUUUUUAUAGAUAUCAAAAAUUAAAAAAAACAUCAUGAAUCAGAGCAAUGAGCAAUCCAUUAUAUCGGCGAGGGCGUCUGUUAUGAUUUAUGAUGAGUGUAACAAAAAAUGGAUACCUUCAGGAUCUUCAUCGGGUGUCUCUCGAGUCCAUAUUUAUCAGAAUGUUUUACACAACACUUUCAGAGUUGUUGGGAGAAAACUUCAAGAUCAUGAGGUUGUCAUUAACUGUGCCAUUGUUAAAGGAUUAAAAUAUGUCACUGCGACACCAACAUUCCACCAAUGGAGGGACAGUAGACAAGUGUAUGGUCUCAAUUUCAGUAAUAAAGAUGAUGCACAAGGGUUUGCAGAAACGAUGCUCCAAGUAUUGGAUGUUCUUAGUUCAAGCUCAUUGAAUAACUCAAUAAUACCAAAUAAGAAUUCUAUUAUGACAAGCCAUCAGCAACAGCCACCACAACAAUUACAACAAUUACAACAACCACAACAGAUUCCUCAGAUGCCCCAACUUCCACAACAACAACCUCUUCAACAACCCUUGCAACAACAACCACAACCUCCACAGCAGCCAACACCUCAACAGCAGCAACAGCAGCAACAAUUGCAACAACAACAAUUACAACAACAACAGCAACAAUUGCAACAAUUACAACAGCAGCCUGUUUAUGGUCAUUGUGGUGGUCCUGGUCCUGGUCCAGGAGGUGGUGGUGGAAUGAUUGGUCAACCUCCCUCUGCAUCGGAGUAUAUGCGCAUAGACUUUCAACUCCGUCCCAUGAUUCAACAACCAGUCCCUAACAAUUCAGUACCGCCGCCGCCUCCACCUCCUCCGCCUCCUCCACCCCCACCUGGUAGUUUGGUCUCCGCGGCACCUGCACCCCCACCGCUUCCAGUGUCGGGCAAUCAAACGCCGAAUGAAAAGUCCAUUAAUCCAACAAACAAUGGUGGCCCUUUAAAUUUGGCUUCGGCGUUGUCAAAUGUAAAACUUAAACGAACCGGUAGAGAAGAGAAAGAGGCUGAACCGGUACCUACAAAAAAUUCAUCGAAAAGUAUGGGUGGUGGAAUCACCAGUAUGAUGGAUGAAAUGGCUAAAACUUUAGCGCGUAGAAGAGCUCAAGCAGAAGGUAUCCAAAAUCAAAAUGAUUCUGAAUCUACUACUCCUGUUGGUGAAAAACGUAAUUGGGAUAAAAAAGUAACUACAAACGGAAGCAGUCCUAAUAAGGAUUCCAAUGAAUCAAAUCUACAAAGAUUAAGGGCUGGAUCCUUAGACAGUGGUAGCAUUAACGGUAUCGACUCAAUUAAAAUAGAACAAUUGAAGCAAGAAAUUGUGAAUGAAAUAAGGCGCGAGAUCAACAAAGCAAAAUCUGAAAUAAUUGACGCCAUACGAUUAGAAUCAAGGACAUAGAAUAUCUCACGCACAUCCAACCUUUUUAUCUCAUCUCUAUUGCCACUGCUUUACACCUUUUCUUAGCCGUUUGAAACUGCUGUAAAAAGUUCCAUAUACACCUACUGAGAUAUUAAUACGCUAUUUCACUGAUCAGUCAACUAACAGCAACACCAAAAGCCAGAGCGAAGUCACCUUUGAAGUUACAUUUCCAAGGAAGUGAGAUUGAUCGACAACGGAAUCUCGUUUUGAUGGCUAGCAAACUUGAUUCAGAGUUAUCUGUAAUCUUUUGCAGGUUUCAUCUUCACAACAAAAAAAAUCACAGAAGAAUCAUGUUUAUCUGUGUAAUCAGAUCAUUCCUAAAGCUUUUCCCUCUCCAGAUCAGUCAAACAUAAAAACAGAAAUACAGCGCAAAAAUAUUACCACAAAAGAUACACAAAAACAUUAAUACUCUGAUUGUCACUAACUAUACCGAGAGAAAACAAGAGAGAUUCAUACUUACACUUUUGAACACUUAUCAAGACAAAACUGAUUAGACAGCACAAUUUUCAUCAUCAUCUUUUCAUUGAUUCCCAGUCAUUUUUUAAUUUCAAAGGGAACCAUUGAUUUAUCACCUUCCUGUUUGAAUGAUUUCUCUUCUUUUCCCGUCAAUAUACUUAUAAAUAUAUAAAUAUAUUCUCUUCAUCCUUUUUACAGUCUCCCUACUUUUCACCUUCUUCUCGUUCCUCUCUCUCUCUUUCUCUUUGCUCUUCUGCUGAUAUUUGAAAAAAAAUCUACUCAAUUUCAACUGACAUUGAUGUUGAAAUCGCUCUCAAUUCAAUGAUUCAACAAGUCAAAAUCAACUAAUAAGCAACAGCAAAGCAAAUCGUGUUUAUUAAGAAAGAUUCAAUGAAGAAUCGCAUUUUUCUUUUUCUAUUACAAACAGACAAAUACUUUUAAGAAAACAAAAACCACAUCAACAACAAAAAAAUGUAUUACUAACUAUCCAUUAAUAGGCUGUCAAAUUGCUUGCCCUUCUAAUUCUUAUCUCUAUUUCUACCUGAUCUUUCUUUCUUUUUUCAUCUUCAUCAUUUUUUUCCAAAAAACAAAACUUCUAUUUCUCAUCCAACCAUUUUUGCAUCCUUGUACUUUGCAUUACAGUCAAAAAAUUAAUAAUUUGUACGCAUCAUCCCAUGUGAAGGAAAAUAUUAUUAUAAAUAUAACAAUUUAGCUCUAAA